GAGGGGAAGAGGAGGUGUGGCAACCCGGAACCGGAAAGGGUGAGGAGAAGGAGGGUCUGUGCAUCGAGAGAAGGGUCUGUGGAGAACGUAAGGAAGGAAGGAGCCGGCACCGGCGGGGAGUCCAGGCCGCAGCUCUUCACAAUAACGCCCGGACUGAGCUGCAGCAACGAUGUCUGACAAUGGAGAACUCGAAGAUAAGCCACCAGCCCCUCCAGUACGGAUAAGCAGUUCUGGAUUGAAAGACCCCCUGUCAAGUAAUCACAGCCUGAAACCCCUUCCACUGAUCCCUGAAGAAAGAAAACCUUCCAGAAAUAAAAUAAUAUCCAUCUUUUCUAGCAAUGAAAAAGUGGGCAAAAAGAAAGAGCGUCCUGAAAUCUCCCCGCCCUCUGACUUUGAACACACCAUACAUGUGGGUUUCGAUGCUGUGACUGGAGAAUUCACUGGAAUGCCAGAACAGUGGGCACGAUUGUUGCAGACAUCAAAUAUCACAAAGCUAGAACAGAAGAAAAACCCACAGGCUGUGCUGGAUGUGCUUAAAUUUUACGACUCGAAGGACACUGUCAAACAGAAAUACCUUAGUUUUUCAGCACCAGAUAAAGAUGGCCUCCCCUCUGGUGUAUCACCUGCUCCAAAUGCAAAAGGGACUGAACCCACAAGACAUUCAGAUUCAGAAGAAGAGGCCGCACCUCCGAUUAUUGCUCCUCGCCCUGAACAUACAAAAUCUAUAUACACCCGAUCUGUAAUCGACCCAAUACCUCCCCCUGCUGGUGAUGCAGACAGUACAGCAAAGGGUGCAGACAGACUGAAAAAGAAAACGAAAAUGAGUGAUGAAGAGAUCAUGGAAAGACUACGAACUAUAGUGAGCAUAGGAGAUCCUAAGAAGAAGUACACCCGAUUUGAAAAGAUAGGGCAAGGUGCCUCGGGGACUGUCUUUACUGCUAUUGAUGUAGCCACUGGACAGGAGGUUGCAAUUAAACAGAUUAAUCUGCAGAAACAGCCCAAGAAAGAGCUUAUCAUAAAUGAGAUUCUUGUUAUGAAAGAGCUGAAGAACCCAAAUAUUGUAAACUUCCUGGACAGUUUUCUAGUUGGAGACGAGCUGUUUGUUGUUAUGGAAUAUCUGGCUGGUGGUUCUCUCACAGAUGUGGUAACAGAGACCUGCAUGGAUGAAGCACAAAUAGCUGCUGUAUGUAGAGAGUGUUUGCAAGCGCUGGAGUUCUUACAUGCCAACCAGGUCAUUCAUAGGGACAUCAAGAGUGAUAAUGUUCUUUUGGGAAUGGAUGGCUCUGUCAAGCUGACUGACUUUGGCUUCUGUGCUCAGAUUACCCCAGACCAAACCAAGCGCAGCACUAUGGUGGGAACACCAUAUUGGAUGGCACCAGAGGUGGUUACCAGGAAAGCAUAUGGACCUAAAGUCGACAUCUGGUCCCUUGGUAUCAUGGCUAUUGAAAUGGUGGAAGGAGAACCACCUUACCUCAAUGAGAACCCUCUAAGAGCUUUGUAUUUGAUUGCCACUAAUGGCACCCCAGAGCUGCAGAAUCCUGAAAAGCUGUCUCCAAUCUUCCGAGACUUUCUGAACCGCUCUUUGGAGAUGGAUGUGGAGAAGAGAGGCUCAGCUAGAGAGCUCCUACAGCACCCAUUCUUGAAACUUGCCAAGCCACUGUCCAGCCUCACACCUCUUAUCCUGGCUGCAAAAGACGCCAUGAAAGGCAACCGCUAACAUCCAAUCAAGACCUUCCUCUUUCUCGCCCUUUUUCCUCUUAACCAACUUAACAAUUUUGCAAGGACCACUCCAGCUCUGCUCACACAUUGCUGAGAGGAACAUGGGUAAUACCAGUGGCUUCCUGUGAAGAGAACAGAAAUCAGAGCUUCAUAUAUUGUCUACUUGCUGUGGAAAUGAAAGUACUGAGAAAACAAAAAAUGAAAUGGAGCCCCCGUAAUGUGGAUUUUUCUUCCUGGAAGAAACAAAUAAAACUGAUUUCUGUCCGUG